GGAAAAUUUUCAAGCCCAAUUCCACUCACCUUCGGACUCCACACCUUCCUCUUCAAACCAAAGAGUAUCAUCACCAUGCAGCUUCUCUCCAUCCUCCCCAUCGCAGCCUUGGCUGGUACUUCCAUCGCAGUACACUGGAAUGUGACCCUCUACACCGACACCGAGUGCACCGAAUACAAGUGGUCAUACGCCGGAAACCAGAGUUACGGGUGUUACUCGCUUGAGACAUACAACCCAACCAUUCAGUCUAUCAGGGCUGAGAUCCCCGAGGACUGGGUUUUCGAUGGAGCAAGUGGCGGCGCUUGCAAUAAUUUUCACACUUUCGGGGGCUCAGGAUGCUGGACUCAGGGUCAGGGUCAGGGAUUCAAGUCUUUCCAGGUAUACCCGAAGGCAAGCUGAAGUGAUGUUACCCAACGUUGAUGGAAUAAAAAUGACUCUUUGUUCAUGGUAUACAUGCUACUUAUAUGAUUUAUGCUUCAAUUGUAUCUAGCUUUCUUGCCAUGCGCAGCACUAGGGCUAUACUAGUCAUGAGCAUUUGGUUUUCUAUAGCAAAAUGACGAGACCAGGUCUUUGUUGUACCUAGAUGAGC